CUAUCUAUUGGUAGCAUUGUUUGAAUGUCGGUGGAAAACAGUAUUCCUCGCCGGCACUUGCCAAGACACUUUAUUUAGUUAUCUCUUGGAAAACCCGCGUGCGAGAUCAUUCUAACAGUUGCUGGGUUGUGAGCUGAUAAACAGGAGCGCAGAGGUUUCCAAAAUGGAUGAUUUAGCCAUAGGUAUUGACUUGGGAACAACCAAUUCUUGCGUAUGUGUAUAUCUCAACGGCAAACUAAAAAUCCUGGAAAACAGUGACGGUGGCAGAAUUACACCUUCUUUCAUCUUUUUCACCAGUCUGCAAGAGACGAUCGUCGGAGAACAUGCGAAACGAAUGUCCAGCGGCAAACCAGACCACGGAAUAUACGAAGUAAAACGCUUGGUUGGCAGAAAAUUUAGCGACACUUAUCUUCAAAGGAACUUGCAAUUUCUACCGUUUAAAGUAAAGUCGGAUUAUCAAGGCGAUCCUUUGAUAAUCAUCCAACAACGGAACAGAACUUUGGAGAAAACUCCUCAACAACUUUGCGCUAUCAUUCUUCAGAAAUUGAAAGCUGACGCAGAAGCCAAGUUAGGACAAGCCAUAACCAAAGUUGUUGUUACCGUGCCUGCGUAUUUCAACGUGACGCAAAGAGAAGUAACCUUGGCUGCAGCCAAGGAAGCCGGAUUCACAGUUUUGAAGUUGCUCAACGAACCCACGGCUGCCGCUUUAUGUUACUACUUUGACAAUGACUGCAGCCAGACGAAUCAUUCGCUUGUGUACGACCUAGGAGGAGGAACUUUUGAUGUUGCUAUCCUGAAAAGAAGUACGAAUAAUAUAGAAAUUGUCGGGGUCGACGGAGAUACACAGUUGGGCGGACACGAUUUUGACAAUCUCAUCGUUAACUACGUAUGCGAAGAGUUAGUUAGAGAUUAUAAUUACGAUCCAAGAACUGAUAAGGACAGUCUUAGGAGGCUUCAUAAUAAAUGCGAGGAUGCGAAAAAAGCACUGUCUGCGGUUCAGCAAACUGUCAUAACUCUCAUUGGUUUCGUUUCUAAUAAUUCUUGCGUACAGAUACCUUUAACUAGAGAACAGUUUGAGAAGAUUGCUGAUGAACUAUUCAGAAAAAGUAUAUCAAUUGUCGAUUGCUGUAUGAAAAAUUGUGGAAUUUCCAAGACGUCUAUCAAGGAAGUGAUACUUUCAGGAGGAUCAACACGCAUCCCGAAGAUUCAGAAAAUGAUUUCUGACUAUUUUGACGGCAAAGCGUUGAAUAAGUUUGUCAGUCCGGAUGAGUGUGUUGCAGAAGGUGCAGCCUUGCAAGCUGCACUUUUGUCAAAGAGUUCUAAACAGAACAUUUCUAAGGUUGAUCUGGCAGAUGUCACUCCUUUGUCGUUGGGAACGCCUGAUUAUGUCGAUGAAAUGAGAUUUGUCAUUAAAAGGAAUCAACGACUUCCAACUAAUUGUUGUGCGACUGACUGGACGACUCUUAACAAUUUACAGACAGGUAUGACCUUCUGUAUAUACGAAGGUGAAAGACUAAAUGCAAAAAAGAACCGCUUUGUUGGAGAAUUAACUCUUACUAACAUAACGCCGGCACCUCCGGGGGAAUGUAAAGUUAAAUUUUACAUGAAUAUAGAUGAAAACGGUAUAUUGUCAGUUAAGGCUGAGGAACUAUAUAAAAACAACGUCAAAGAACUGACAAUAAAUUACACUAGGGGUAACUGCAGCGACAGCGAAGUUAAAAAUAGUUUGCUGGAUGCCGAAAAUAAUAAAGACGAAGAUAAACGUUUUGAACAGUUUGUAAAGUUUAAGAAGUAUUUAAUAGAGUACUGUGUUGCAGUUAUGUACAACUUAGAUAACAAGAAAAUUACUGAUACACAUAGGGCUGUUUAUGAAUUAUGUCAAGAAACGAAAGAUUCGGCCACAAAUAUGGACAUGGAUUAUGAAGAACAUGUUAAGGAACUCACAACUUCGGUUAAACUACAGUGUGAACCUCAUGUCAAAUAUUACAAUUUUGAUUUGAUGCCAACACUUACAGUUUAAUUAUUUUUGUAAUGGGGCAAUUCUACCGUUAUUUAGGCUAAAAUCGUACGAAACUCUGCAAAGUUUUUUUAUUUUAAACUGUCCUCAUACAUAAGUGCUUUCACACUUUCAUUUUUUAACCUAAUCGUAGAAAUUUGUUUUCUCUUGUUUCUUAAUAAUUUGAUAUUACUAAAGUCAUAUUUAAUUUAGUCAAAAUUUAAUUAAAAGUUUGCGUUACUUAGGCGAAAUCUUUGAACCAUUUUCUCUAUUUUCUAUAGAAUUGUGAAUUAUCAUACAAAACACUUAUAUUGAUAAAAAAUUAAAAUUUUCGGGUUUUCAAAAACCGAGAAGAAGUUUAAUUUUGAUUAUGUCUGAAAUGAGAAAAAAUUGCGUUACUUACACGAUGUCAUCGUUUCUUAGGCGAAUUUGUGAAUAUUAGCUGCCACGGAAGUAAGAAAAAUUACAAAUUCGUGUUUUAAACAAAAGAAAAAGCUGGUCGAAGGUUGUUUAGAUACAACUUGCCUCGCCCAUGAAGUACACACAAUGAAACAUUUUCAGCAUUUUCGAAAAUGAUAAAAUUUGAUUUUGCAGAUUUUAUUUUUUUUAUGAGAGCCUCUAUAAGUUGAAAUAAACAAAUGUAUGUAAUGUCAACGUAAAAGGAUUAAAUGCUAAAAGAAAAAAUAUUCAAACUUACCGAAUUUACAAUGUAUUUACUUGAUGACAUUACCAUCAUUUGAAAUUUCCAUUUGUUUGUUUUCAUUUUGGCUUUUCUCGCUUUUCUCCUUUUUAUUUUCCAUGGUAUGUAUCUUAACUUUUUUAUAGCGCAAUGUCUUUUUUCUUAUGUUUGCCCUAUAUUCCUGCUGAUAUUUUCGGUUGGUUGAUUUAGGUAUUCUAAGUCUCUUUACUUUUUGUCGGUGUUUUCUUACUCUUUCAGUGGAUGUUAAAGACAUUUUGAUUAACACAGCAAAAUCAAAUUAUUGGUAGAUUGAUGGCUGUCAAGACUAAUUAUUUAAUUUCAAAGCUAAGCCACCGAAAAAAAAUUAUCCCGUUUCGCGUAAGUAACGUUGCGAUUUUUAAUAAUAAUCACAAGGCAGUUUCAAUAAAAGUACAGUGAACAUAGAGAGCGAGAACGAGAAAAAGAGAAUAUGUAACCUGAUUUGCAAUUAUUUUUAAUAUUUCCGAAUAACAUGAAAAUUAGUCCCUUAUCGUUACUUACACCAAUUAUCACAUAUAUCAGAAGAAAGAAGUGUAAUAUUUUUUUAAAGAUGAUGUUGGGAUAAGUAUUGAUUGUACAUUAUUGUCAAUAAAGCUACACUCUUUACGACCGUGCUUUAUAUUGUAAGUAAAUCAAGAUAUUUAUUUUGUUUCUAGCAAUGUUAAAGAAGAUAUAAUAUCUAUCAUUUCUCUGAACAAUUUUAUUAUUCCUCAAUAACAAGAAAUUUUUACUGCGGGUGUAAGAUUUAGAUUAAUUUAACAAUUUUCAAAAAAAUGUGCUGAGGUGGACAUUUUCGGGGAAUUGCCCAAUGGUUAACUUAAAACAGUCUAUAUGUUAUUGCUAUCUAUAAAAUAGGUUUUGUAUUUAUUUUGUUAAAUAACAGUGGCUUAGAACCACCAUUUAUUUUAAUUUUGAAUAUGUAACCUAAUUUAUGUAUUGUAGUUGCAAAUAUGUUGAAGUAGUAAUUAAUAAAACGUGCAACGAGUUAACAUCUGAAAUAUGUAUUUACAUAUUUCGGAAGCUAAGAACUGGCUGCUUAUAACGAUCUUGUUCUUCACAUUUAUUUUGGAGUCGAAAAAGGAGGUACCUAACUGAUGAAUAUUUUCCCUAGUUUAUUUUGGUUGUAGUGUGUAAAACUAUUUAUUUUCGGAAGUGACUGUAAUACAGACCAAAAAUAUGGAAAAUAUGUUCUUGCCGGGGCCACGGCUUGGUCUUCAGGAGACAGUUCUUGACGGAGUCCGAAAUUCACGAAGGAGACCCCGAAAGUGCGUUCUUCUUCAGUGCGAUGAAAAAUAGAGUACGGAGAGGGUAACCGUGUGCGGUACUUCCCCUUGGUGAUACCUUACAGGACCCAAAAGCGCGCGGCUGUAAGUACCGUUUCUCGCUAGAGGGCACUUCGCAGUACUGCCCCCAGAUCUGUCGGAAAAUGUACACCCACUCCUCAC